UUUCCACAAUUGGUAACUGAAAAUUUGUUGAUCUGUUUCUCUUUAUGUAACAGCUCUUUGGUGCUUGAGAAAAGUGAGUUUUCUCUUGGAGACGUUAUGAAUGCUGUUGUCAGCCAAACAAUGUCAUUGUUGAGGGAGAGGGAUUUACAACUUAUUCGGGAUAUCCCUGAUGAAAUCAAGGAUGCAUUAGCAUAUGGUGAUCAAUUUAGAAUUCAACAAGUUUUGGCUGACUUCUUGCUAAGCAUGGCACAGUCUGCUCCAUCCGAGAAUGGCUGGGUAGAAAUACAAGUCAGACCAAAUGUAAAACAGAAUUAUGACGGAAUAGAUACAGAGCUUUUCAUCUUCAGGUUUGCCUGCCCGGGUGAGGGCCUCCCACUGACAUUGUCCAGGAUAUGUUCAGCAAUUCCCAAUGGUCAACCCAAGAAGGCGUAGGACUAAGCACAUGCAGGAAAAUCCUCAAAUUGAUGGGCGGCGAGGUCCAAUACGUCAGGGAGUCAGAGCGGAGUUUCUUCCUCAUCGUCCUUGAGCUGCCCCAACCUCGUCUAGCAGCUGGUAGAUAAAAUUAGCUGAUAUGUUAAGAUCUGCGCUGACACCACCUAACUUCUAGAUCGAUUGUAACUUAGGUGGUGUUUGUUUGGGAUUAUAAUCUGCCUAAACUAUAUAAUCAGUGUUAGUUGAUUAGUUCAAAAUAAGGUAGAUUAUAUAAUCUGGUCAGAUUAUAAUCCUAAACAAACAGACCCUUAGCUCCCUGAUAAGAGGGUGCCUAAUCUGUACUAACUAUUAAGUAGGUAUUGUAGACUGCCCCCGCCCCUGCUACCGCACGCCUGCCAGCCCCCGCGAAACUCGCCGCAAUCGAACGCCCCCACGCCUGCCUCCACCGCGAAAUCCGCCGCCACGAAUCUCGCACGAACGCUCGCUGCCACAAAAUCCUUCGAUACCGCACCACGCGCCCACACGCCCGCAUGCCAGCGCCCUCGAAUCCCUCCGGUUUCGAACCGCUCGCACGCCAUGAAAUCUGCCGCCGCGAAGUCUCUCCAGUUCCGAACCGCCCGCAGGCCAGCCUACCACCCGCGUUCUGUAUAGCAGUUCUGGAAUUUGUACUGAAGGAACUUGGGAAAUGUUGAUAUUAUUAAUUCAGCUUAUCACCCAUUCGUUACAUGAUGAA